AGACAUUCGAAAAAGCGAAACAUUGCAACGAUCUUUUAAUGAUGACAAUUUAAUAAUCUCUUCUCCUUACUUUCCAAUGAAGCUAUAGCAGAAACCACCUUCUGGUUAUACCUUCGACUUAAAAUCUUUUUUUCCCUAAGUGCAAACGUGUGUUUGCUUCAUUUUAAAGUCAAAGAACGAGAAACGCAAGAAAAAACGAAUAUCUAAUACGCAAACUACUAAUUAAAAUGUUAAAAAAAAAAACAAUGAGAAAAGUUUUGACAGGCAUUUCCACCAGAAGAUGGCAGCAGCACACUCAACCAUCCAGUUAAACAGAGAUUCUGACACUGCGCAAGGCGCAGGUUCGACUGCCUCUAUUUCUGUAGGCGUCGAGCGCGUGUGCCAGAGCGAACGUUCAGUGCGGCUUAGGCUUCAGCCGGACGGAGUCUGGGCUUAUACCUCGUUCCCGGCGAGUGACACAAAAUAAUUGCCGGAAUAUCGACGGAAGUGUUUAGGUCAACACACUAGAAAAGGAAACAAACAAGAAAAGGGAUAUUUAUACGAUAAGAAUUAUCAAGUCGCAAAAAACGAGUGUUUAGAGAAACUGAAAACUGCGUCUAACGAUAACUCUCGAAGAUAUCAUUAUCGUAAUUACACGAAGAACAUUUGGAGUUCGAAUUCGAACGAAGAGAGAAAGAGAGAGAGAAGACUGAUUGUGAGACAGUGGAAGAAAAAAGUAGAAAUUUAUAAUUUAAGCAUUAAUCGCAAAAUAUUGAAAUCUACCUAAACAGUAAGGAAAUAAUCCAUGCGAAGAUAAAGUAUAGAAGUUUGUUUAGUUUUUUAUACGUAUUUUGAAUAAAAGUAACGAAAAAGUGAUUAUAUCGUGAUCCUGAAAAUCUGAACAGAGAUACGUAAAAGCAGACAAAAUGCAUUCCAUGCGUGCUCAUCGAGCGCUAAACAAGCAUAAAACGGUAUUGCAAAUAUGGAAAAUUGCUACGAGAUGCUUCGGUACGAAUGUAGAGUACAGACCAAUCAGAAGUGUCCUCGUCGCCAAUCGAGGAGAAAUUGCCAUUCGUGUGUUUCGUGCUUGCACGGAACUCGGCAUUCGCUCCGUGGCAAUUUAUUCGGAGCAGGAUAAAAUGCAGAUGCAUCGUCAGAAAGCAGAUGAGGGUUAUUUAGUAGGCAAAGGAUUACCACCCGUUCAGGCUUAUCUGAAUAUUCCUGAAAUUAUCCAAGUAGCCAAAGAAAACAAUGUCGACGCUAUUCAUCCUGGUUACGGAUUCCUUUCCGAGAGAGCAGACUUUGCUCAAGCGAUUACUAAUGCUGGCAUCAGAUUCAUCGGACCUAGUCCUAAAGUCGUUCAACAAAUGGGAGACAAGGUCGCAGCUAGACAAGCCGCGAUUCAAGCUGGCGUGCCUAUCGUUCCGGGAACAGAUGGACCAGUAACAAGUUCUGACGAGGCAAUGGAGUUCUGUAUGAAGCAUGGUCUUCCGGUUAUCUUCAAAGCGGCGUACGGUGGUGGAGGACGAGGUAUGAGAGUCGUGAGGCAAAUGGAGGAGGUCCGCGAGAUGUUCGAUCGUGCAUCUUCCGAAGCAGCGGCUGCUUUUGGAAACGGCGCAAUGUUCAUCGAGAAAUUUAUUGAGAGACCACGUCAUAUCGAAGUCCAAUUACUUGGGGAUCAUGCUGGCAAUGUCGUGCAUUUAUUUGAACGCGACUGUUCUGUACAGCGUCGUCACCAAAAGGUUGUCGAGAUAGCGCCAGCUCCAGCAAUAGCGCCAGCUCCAGCAUUAUCGCCCAAGGUUCGCGAGAAAAUGACUGACUACGCUGUCAAAUUAGCAAAACACGUUGGUUAUUCGAAUGCCGGUACCGUAGAAUUUUUGGUCGAUGAAUCUGGAAAUUUCUACUUCAUUGAAGUCAACGCCAGAUUACAAGUGGAACACACAGUAACCGAAGAAAUAACCGGAAUUGAUCUCGUGCAAUCUCAAAUCCGAAUCGCCGAGGGUAUAACACUUCCAGAACUAGGUAUGACGCAAGAAAAAAUUAUACCUCAAGGAUUUGCAAUUCAAUGCCGAGUAACCACGGAAGACCCGGCUAAGAACUUUCAACCGGACACCGGGAGAAUUGAAGUUUUCCGUUCUGGCGAAGGUAUGGGCAUCCGAUUGGACGGAGCCUCUGCAUUCGCCGGUGCUAUAAUCUCGCCGUAUUAUGACUCACUUCUUGUUAAGGUAAUCGCCCACGCCGGCGAUCUUCAAUCAUCCUGUGCCAAGAUGAAUCGAGCCCUUCGCGAAUUCCGCGUGCGCGGAGUAAAGACGAAUAUACCUUUCCUUUUAAAUGUCUUGGAAAAUCAAAAGUUCCUAAACGGUAUCGUCGACACAUAUUUCAUCGACGAAAAUCCUCAGCUCUUUCAGUUACAGCCAACCCAGAAUCGCGCACAAAAAUUACUCAAUUACAUCGGUACCGUCCUUGUGAACGGCCCGAGCACGCCAUUGGCUACUCAGCUGAAGCCGGCGGACAUCAAACCACAUAUUCCGCAGAUUGCUCUAGACUUUGCUAAGCUUGCAGCUGCAGAAGAGACCAAUGAUCCUGACGCGCCAGGAAUUCCGGAUCCUCCAAAAGGAUUCCGACACAUUUAUAAAGAGCAAGGUCCGGAAGCUUUCGCCAAGGCUAUUAGACAGCACAAGGGCCUCCUUUUAAUGGAUACUACUUUCCGUGAUGCCCAUCAGUCCCUUCUAGCAACUCGUGUACGAUCGCACGAUUUACUGAUGAUCUCCCCAUUCGUCGCUCACAAAUUCAGUAAUCUCUACUCGCUGGAGAACUGGGGCGGUGCGACCUUCGAUGUGGCCUUGAGGUUCCUCCAUGAAUGCCCUUGGGAACGACUAGAAGAUAUGCGCAAGGCCAUCCCUAAUAUUCCAUUCCAAAUGCUGCUGAGAGGCGCUAACGCUGUCGGGUACACGAACUACCCCGACAACGUCGUCUUCAAAUUCUGCGAACUGGCUGUGAAAACUGGCAUGGACGUCUUCAGAGUAUUCGAUUCGCUCAAUUACCUACCAAAUCUUAUUGUCGGUAUGGAGGCUGCUGGCAAAGCCGGGGGUAUCGUCGAAGGGGCGAUUUCCUACACGGGUGAUGUAAGCGAUCCGAGUCGUACUAAAUACAAUCUAAAGUAUUACACCGAUUUGGCGGACGAGCUAGUUAAAGUGGGCACACAUGUCCUAGCGAUCAAAGAUAUGGCUGGAUUGCUCAAACCGAAAGCAGCCGAAAUGUUGAUUGACGCGAUUAGACAGAAGCAUCCGGAUGUACCUCUUCACAUACACACGCACGAUACUGCUGGAGCCGGAGUAGCCUCUAUGUUGGCCUGUGCAAGAAGUGGUGCCGAUGUCGUCGACGUUGCCGUCGACAGCAUGUCCGGCAUGACCAGUCAACCUUCUAUGGGCGCUGUUGUUGCUUCUCUUCAGGGAACGGACCUUGACACAAAAUUGGAUCUAUCUGACGUCUCCGAAUAUUCCGCGUAUUGGGAACAAACGAGAACGCUUUAUGCACCCUUCGAGUGCACAACAACAAUGAAGUCCGGAAACGCGGAUGUCUACCUUAACGAAAUCCCCGGUGGUCAGUAUACGAAUCUACAAUUCCAGGCUUACUCGCUUGGUUUGGGCGAGUUCUUCGAAGACGUGAAGAAGGCGUAUCGACAUGCCAAUCUCUUGCUCGGUGAUAUUAUCAAAGUCACACCGAGCUCCAAGGUUGUCGGCGACUUAGCGCAAUUUAUGGUUCAAAACAAAUUGACCGCCGAAGAUGUUCUGAAUAGGGCCGAGGAAUUAUCGUUCCCUAAAUCGGUGGUCGAGUAUCUCCAGGGUGCCAUAGGUGAACCCCACGGAGGAUUCCCUGAACCUCUUAGGUCAAAAGUUCUCAAGGACAUGCCACGCGUGCAGGGUAGGCCAGGCGCGAGUUUGAAACCACUCGACUUCGAUGCUCUGAAGAAGGAGCUAAAAGAAUCUCACCCGCACGUUACCGAAAAGGAUGUCAUGUCGGCCGCGCUUUAUCCCAAAGUAACGAAGGACUUCUUGAGCUUCAAGGAACAGUUUGGGCCGGUAGAUAAAUUCGAGACCAGAAUCUUCCUCACGGGGCCUAAAGUAGGCGAGGUAUUCGAUGUUACGAUUGAGAAAGGCAAAACUCUCGGUAUCAAAACUCUGGCGGUUGCCGAUGAUCUCACGAAAAAUGGCGAACGCGAGGUGUUCUUCGAGUUGAACGGUCAACUGAGAUCUGUGUUCAUCAAGGAUAAAGAGGCUGUCAAGGAACUACAUGUGCAUCCCAAAGCAACGAAAGGCGAUAGCAAUCAACUGGGAGCGCCAAUGCCUGGCGAAGUGAUCGACAUUAGGGUAAAAGUUGGUGACACCGUGGAAAAAGGUGCACCAUUAGUCGUGCUAUCUGCCAUGAAGAUGGAAAUGGUUGUGCAAGCGCCUAGAGCAGGGAAAAUCAAGAGUCUUGAAAUUAACUUAGGCAUGAGAUUGGAAGGAGAGGAUCUCGUUCUGAUAUUUGAAUAAACUUUCGCGAUGGGAUCAAUGGUCUCUGAAAAUCAAAUCACGUAAAGGCAACACCAUAUAUUGCUAUUUACUUCGAAAGCGUGGAAGACAAGAUCUUUAGCAAUCUUCAUAGAGUGAAGCCAGGAAUGAGAUUUUCCAUUCAAUCUUAUUUUAACGUUAUUAUCAGUGAUAACCAUUUAAUCGUCAAUCGCUUGACCAAAGUUCGUUAUCCUGUUUUAUUGCGCAUUGACGAACUUUUUCAAAAAAUUGUUACAUUAAUUGUUAUUAAUAAUUCUAUUUCUUAAAAUCGCGCGUAUAUGUAAGAUCACAUUUUACAAAAGAAAUUUAAAGAUAUUUGCCUACGUUGAACAGACUGUUACAAUAUAUUUAGCUAAAAAAUGAAGUUAUAUGUUCAACUAAUUAUAAAUUCUCCAAAUAAUUCUGAAGUAUUAAUCAAAUUGUUUCUGGAGUAUUAAUCAAAUUGAAUAUUUUGCAUAUAUCGUUUAUAUUAUAUAAGUGAUCAAAACGAAGUAUUUCAGAAAUAGGUAGGUAAACUUUAAGAACAUAUUCUGCUCACAAUAAGAAAAAAAAUCAUAUAAAAAGGAAACACUUCUUUUUCAAGUAAUAAAUUUCCUUUUCAAAUUUGUUAUUUACAACAAUGAGAACGUUUCAUUAAAGAAAUUGAUGGAAAUGAUUUCCUUUCGCAUCAAUGCAUGCCUCGCACGUUUUAUUGUCGAAAAUAUUCAAAAAUUCCCAUUUCGUAUUUUGUCACACAAAAUAAAACAAUUUCAGAUAAUACUUCCAUGGUAGUAGCUUUUAAUAGCAAUAGAAGUAUUAUCAGUGGAUCUUAAGAUGUUUCCAUAAAUGAAAAAUAAAUCACAAAAAUAUAAAUGUAACGCCUGUCAGAGAAUUGUCGCAAAAGGCUGUGCGUGAUUGAUUUACAGUCUGAGUGACAUUAUUAAUUAUUAAAAAUUUUUUCCUUAAACAAAGUGUUUAUAACUUGAAAAAAAUGUUUCCAGCUCCAACUUUAUAUGACUUUUCUCAUCUUAUUUUUCCAGUGAAUAGAAUGCUCUUUUAAAGUUUGUUUACUUUUUUCUAAAAUAUCUUGUAAAAUAUAAUUGAAUGAAACUGCCUAAGAGAUAUCAAUUACCACAUUUUUAACAAUGUCUUAAGGAAUUCACUUACAAAUUUACAAAAUUUGGACAAUAAUGCCAUUGCAAACUUCCAAAGCAAAACACUCUUGUAAGAUUUUUAUAAAUAGUAAGCGUUCUUGUAUAUUUGAUUGCGUAAAAGACAUACACAUUAUAUUCUUUUUUUUAUAAUAGUAUAUAAGUAAAGUUCUAGAUAAAUAUAAAUAAUUGUGGUUAAUUCAAAGUUGAUGCGCUUGGAAAAUAUUAAUUAAAAAAAUGUUCUCAAGAAAUUAUUUUCGAUGCAUCGAUAUCAAUAUUUAAAUGCAAAUUGUUUUUGUAUAAAAUGAUUGCAUCGAUGUGAUUCGCCUUGUAUGUUCAUAAUAAGCGACACAAAAAAGAUAGGAAAAAGAUCGAGUAUCGUCUCAAUUUUAUAUUAAUUAUAGCAUGCAUAUAUAAGCGAUUACCCUGAUAAUUUAAUUAUGACAUCGAGCUAAACCUUCACGAAUGAUUUAGCAAGUAUACGUAGGAAAAAAUAAUUCAGGGAACAAAGGCUAGAAUAUUCCUGAAAAACCUUGUCUUUAUCUUUUCAAGAUCAAAUGUUACCUGUUUUGAAAAUAAAUCACUAACUAAAUAAAAUUAUAUUUUUAAACAAGUAAACAUAAAAAUUAUUAACGUUCUAUAAUUUUACCUUAACGCGCAAACACAUUUAUCGAGAAAUAUAUUAAAAAGUGCAACAAGAUAAAUAUGUAUGUAUAUAAUUGUGCCAUAGAUGCGGAUAUUCUAAUUGUAUAAAUGUAUGUUGCAACAUUUUUUGUCAUUGUAAAUUAUAUGCAAUGUUGAUAAUAUAUUUUUUUAAAAAGUGAUUUUUUUAGAAAAUAAAGAAAUAAAAAAUUGUGUUAUUAUAUGAUAUAAAAUAGCAAAUAUAAAAUAUAGAACUGUUUCAUAUCUAUUGUAUCAAUAUAUUUUACCCUUUUUCAAAUCUGUAACAAUUUGUUUCUUCACUCAGAAAUAAAUUUAUUAUAUUUA